AUGGUUCUUAUAUAUCGUGCAAGAAUCGUGGAAGAAUGGUUCGUUUCGACUGUGAUUAAUGCAGGGCACCGGAAGAUUCAGCUUAAUAAUCUUGCUGAAUCAUAUGCAAUCUCUAAUCUGAAAUGGGGGGUUAAGGAUUCUCUGUUGCCAAGAGUAAAGGAAGUCUCUAGGAUUUAUGCAUUACAUUCUGAUUCGAAUGAGAUAUUGGAAGUUCCCUCAAAGAGUAAUGCUAAUAUUCCUGAGGUGCAUUCUGAUUUGCCUGCGAAAUCAAAGCUUUCUUCUAAGUAUGACAGUGUUGAACCGUUUGGAGGGAAAUCGGGCUCGGUUUCGUUUUAUGGGUUAACUCACCAUGCUAUUGAAGAGAGCAAGCUGUCUUCAUCCCCAUAUAAGGAUGAUGGUGGUUCUGUGAUUUGGAUUCUUGCACCGCUUGUUCUGAUACUAUCUUUGAUACUCCCUCCAAUAAUAUUAUCAAAUGCAUUUGAUGGUGUUUUCAAGAAUGAGGCCUUGCAGGUAACUUCCUCAUGCUAUUUUGAAGCUGUGUUCUAUUCUGGUAUUGCAAUCUUCCUAUUAAUAACUGAUCGUAUCCAAAGGCCAUAUCUUCAAUUUAGUGCAAAACGAUGGAGCCUCAUAACCGGUCUGAAGGGACACCUAUCUACUUCUUUUUUUGCCAUGGGUCUGAAGGUAAUUGCUCCUAUAGCGGUAACUUACGCCACAUGGCCAGUGAUUGGCAUGAAUGCUGUUGUUGCAGUUACUCCCUUGCUAGUUGGUUAUCUGGCUCAGUAUGCACUUGAGGCUUUUAUUGAUAAACGAGGAUCAGCCUGUUGGCCUUUAGUUCCCAUUAUCUUCGAGGUUUAUAGGUUCUAUCAACUAACUAGAGCUAUAACUUACGUUGAGGGCUUGAGAUUUGUAAUGAGUGGGGUUGAGGCUACCCAAGAAGUGGUAGAGAGAAGCGGAGCUUUAGCAGCAGUGUCUGUGACCUUCUAUUUUGUCGCUCUGGUCUGUCUAUGGUCGUUAUUAACAUUUCUCUUGAGACUCUUUCCUUCAAGACCAGUCUCUGAAAAGUACUGAUCUUUCUUAUGCUGUAUAUGCGACUUUUUUUUCCCCUUUCCAACUCUAGUGUAAGCAAAUGCAGAAAUUUUCAGCUUAUGUACAUCACUGUCAAGGCAAUGUGUUGUAAAUGUCUUCGAAUUUACAGUAGAAAGUUGUGUGGCA